AUGGACGUCAAAAGUCUUUCUUCCAAUUGGAAGAAACUGCAAGCUUCUCUCAAGGGGCCCACCGUCUCGAAGGAAAAGAAAGACACACAGCCACAGAAUGGUCUUAAGCGCAAAAGAGUCGAAAUGGUAACCGAAAAGACAGCGAGCAGACCAAGGAAAUUCUCGAAAGUCAAAAGCAUGAUCGAUUCGAAUGGUGCCAAAAGCAUGGGAGAGGAGGGACAUCGAUCUUUAGGAACUACGGAACAACCAGCACCUGAGAUUACAGAAAAGAAACAAGCACGGGAGGGAAAAGUCAAUGAAGGUCUCAAUGAGACUGCCGAAAUAGGAAAAUACGUCGCAAUGGACUGUGAAAUGGUUGGAGUCGGUCCCGACCCCGAUAAAGAGUCCGCGCUCGCUCGAGUCAGUAUUGUGAAUUGGAAUGGCGAUCAAGUUUACGACUCUUUUGUACGACCUAAAGAAAAAGUGACCGACUGGAGGACUCAUGUGAGCGGCAUAGCACCCAAACAUAUGCUCGAAGCCCGCUCUUUCGAAGAGGUUCAAAAGGAUGUUGCGCAUAUAUUAGAAGAUACGGUAUUAGUUGGUCAUUCGAUCCGAAACGAUUUGGAAGCUUUGAUGUUGAGUCAUCCCAAGCGUGACAUUCGUGACACAAGCAAGUAUCCUCCUUAUCGAAAGAUUGCGGGUGGAAGUUCGCCACGGCUGAAACUACUCGCCUCUGAAUUGCUUGGUCUGAAGAUUCAGGAAGGAGCUCAUUCUAGUGUGGAGGAUGCAAGAGCUACAAUGCUUCUGUUCCGGAGAGAUAAGGAAGGGUUUGAGAAGGAGCAUGCAAAGAAAUGGCCUGUACGUGUAACAACGGUUGUCACCGAGGAGGAACAAAUGGUCAAAACGAAGAAGAAAAGAAAGCCUAAGAAAAAGAGCCGUAAGAGGUGA